ACUAUUUUUCAGCGGAUGUAUAUCCUGUGUUAUUUUUUUAAUGGAUGCGGCCGAAGAAAAUGGAUAUUUGUUAUGUUAUUUUGCCCUUGUUAUUAAUCGUUUCUUGUGGUUUUGAUAUCACAACAGGAUUGAAAUGUUACUGCUCUGAUUGUUCGGAUGGUACAUGUGACGCUGGUGAAGGAGGACGAUGUGUCACGUCAAUUACAAAGAUGGGCGGGACUCGGGCAGACAAAAUCAGUUACAGAUGUCUGUCCGAAGAAAAUAUCCCCAUCCGAGUGCAGGAGGGGAAGAUGCAGGGUGACACCCCACAUUGUAUGGUGUCUGCCACCAAAAAACAUGAGAACUAUAUUGUCUGCUGUUCCGGCCAAGACCUAUGUAACAAGGACCUGAGGCCAACCUAUGCACCAGCUACUACAAUCACCCCUGGAGAUGAUGAUUCAGAAGCCAAGUUGCAGUUUGGUACAGCAGAGCUCGUCAUUCUCAUUGCUUGUCCCGUUCUCAUUGUGUCCAUCCUCUUCAUGGUUCUGUUCUUUGCUUACCAUCAGUGCCAGCGCAAUCGUCGUGGUUACCCACUCAAUGAUGUGUCACAAGAGACCAUGCCAUUUGUCCAGCAGGGUCAGUCUAGCAGCACAUUGAGGGAAAUGAUGUAUGAGUAUUCUGGUUCCGGCUCUGGUCUGCCAUUACUGGUGCAGCGAACAAUUGCUCGGCAAAUCCAGGUCCGUGAAACCAUUGGCAAGGGCCGUUAUGGUGAGGUGUAUAGAGGGCGAUGGCGAGGAGAGAAUGUAGCAGUGAAGAUUUUUCCAUCUCGAGAGGAGAGGUCCUGGUUCAGGGAAGCCGAGAUAUACCAGACAGUCAUGUUACGCCACGAAAAUAUUCUUGGCUUUAUAGCAGCUGAUAACAAAGACAAUGGAACAUGGACACAGCUGUGGCUCAUUACGGAUUACCACGAGUGUGGCUCUCUGUUUGAUUACCUCAACCGUACUGUAGUCAGUAUCUCCAGCAUGCUUAAGUUGUCUCUGUCUGCGUCCUGUGGGCUUGCCCACUUGCACAUGGAGAUCAUAGGAACAGAAGUACAUGCAGGGAAGCCAGCCAUAGCCCAUAGAGAUCUUAAGAGUAAAAACAUUCUGGUGAAAAACAAUGGUACCUGUUGUAUAGCUGAUCUAGGUUUGGCUGUGAGACAUGAUAUAGCUACAGACUCUGUGGACAUCGCCCCUAACAACCGUGUAGGCACCAAGAGAUAUAUGGCCCCAGAAGUAUUGGAUGAAUCUAUCAACAUGACUCAUUUUGAGUCGUUCAAACGAGCAGAUGUUUAUGCUUUUGGUCUCGUUCUGUGGGAAAUUACAAGGAGGUGUUCAUUGGGAGGAAUUGUAGAAGAAUACCAGCUGCCUUUCUAUGACCUGGUUCCAUCAGAUCCGAGUCUGGAAGAGAUGAGAAAGGUUGUUUGUGAUGACAAACAUCGUCCAGCCAUUCCUAACCGCUGGCAUUCACAUGAGUCGUUGAGGGUGAUGGCACGUCUGAUGAAGGAAUGUUGGUACCACAAUGCUGCUGCUCGACUUACUACGCUUCGUAUCAAAAAGACACUAGCCAGCAUUGCCAACCAGGAAGACAUGAAAAUAUAAAAUAUGUGAUAACCCCUGUGUGAUAAGGGGAGGUGAUUCUGAUAUGGACAGAUUAUUAUCUCCAUGCUAGCGUUUAAACGGAAGGGGAGACAACUGAUAAAAGACAGCUUGAUAUUUUUCCUUUAUAUUAACAAAGGGACAUACCUCUGAUAGUGUUACAUUGAUGUGACAUGGAAAAGGUGACAACCUGAUUUUAUUUUUAAUUAUCUCAUAUGACUUUGAAGGAAGUUGGAUAAAAUACGAGAUUUUAAUAUCUCAUAUGACCUUGAAAGAAGUCGGAUAAUUUAAGGGAUGAUUUGAAGUGAACUUCCUUUAUUAUAUAUCCAAGGGAAGGGAAGGAACUCUUGAGAGAAGGAUGGAUCUAAUCCAUGCCGCCCUCGGAUAGCAAUCACUUUAAAAAAAAUUACAGUGUGAAUGAAGAAUGUAUCUGGUAAAUUUAAGGAUGUUUGGUGAUGUGUAAGAGGUAUUGAAUUGGAAGAUGUUUGAACUGGUACACAAGGAGCAGUUCUUAGGAUCAAUGCCAUCAAUGGUUAUUUAUCAUAAUUAUAUUUAAAUUAAUGUCUGUUGAUUGAAGGAAGGUUCAGACUUCAAAUGUAAGGAAGAUUAUUUUGACACCGGUUAUUCUUGUUAUAUUAUAAAUAACAUAGUGAUAAUGAUAAAUCAAAAUAAACAGGAUUUAUUUUGACACAGAAUAAAGGAUUUUGUCUUCAAGACUAAAAAUAAGAGGGUAAUGAGAUAUUGAAUUAUAUGCUAAAACAGACCAAUUGGAGUUAACAGGGGAAAUUGUUGAUGAUAAAAAGCAAUGCAUAUGAAGAUCAUGUAGCCAUAUAUAAUUUUUUGUAGCAUGUUUGUAACUGAUCUGUCAAUUAGAAGUGACACAAGUCUGCAUGCAAUCCUUGAACAAUCCUUGAAUUUUGCUUUGUGGCCUUAAAAAACGUAGAUAUAAUAAUUCUAUAAUUAUUUUCAACCUGAGGGCAAUGGGUAAAUCGGUGCUGAAAUUAAAUUUGAGUAAGUUGAAAAGUUAAAUAAUGAAAGGAGUAUUUAUGACCAGGAUGAUUUGUCACAAUAAAAUGUGAAAGGUGAUGACCCAAAUAUAUGCUCAUUCUGUAUGCAAAAAUCCUUGAGAAAUUCCAUAGAACAUUAAAAUGGCCUUAAUGGGUUUGACAAGAUCUGUACCUACCAUGGUGUAAAUUCAGAAUCAAGUUUUUAUGCUCCAGACAGCAUAAAAUGGUCCCCUUUGUCCAACAGUCUUUUCAAAUCUCAAAUUUGGUUAAGAAGUUUUGCAUAUCUGUGCGGAUUUAUUUGAUAUUUAAAGUCUUACAAUUACAGUAAGUACACUGUCAUCCAUAAAAAAACUACACACAUUCUUUUGACUUGUUGAAAUAAUUCAAAUGCAUCAUGAACUGAAGCUUUGCAAUUUCUUGAAGAUUAUUAAUUUGUCUGUGACAAGAUUAUUCAUUUGUCAGUGACAAGAUUAUUAAUUUGUAGGUGACAAAGCAAUUUUUUUGAAAAUAACCCACCUCAUUGAAGUUUUUUUUUUUUUUUAAAGAUGUACGCAUUACACUGUAAAUUAUCCCUUCCAAAAAAGUAGUUAUUCUGUGAAAAAAUGCACUAAAUUUACCAAAAUUUCUAAAAAUACAGAAUACCAUAUUUAACAGAAAUGUCAACUAUUGAUAGACUAUAACAGCAUUGUGAUGAGAAGUCAUCAGUGUAAACAAAAGAUAUUACAAUACACAAUAUUAUAUUGUCUGCAAAGUGUGUAGGUAGUUAUGGAUGGCAGUGUAUUAUAUUAGAGAGGACUUCAGGCACAGAAGGCUUUAUUUUCUUAACGAGACUGUGACUUUACGGUUGACAUGAAGAUUUUGGAAUCAUAUGAAUUUGUGUGCAUUAUGAAACUUUUUUAAUUUUUAUUUUUUUUUUUUAAUUUUAUGCAUCUCAGUUCUUCCAGCAUUACUAAAGUUAGAUAAAAGUGUUUAAUCAUGUAAAACCAGCAUUUACUUUCCUUAUAGAUUCAGUCAGCAUAAUAUUCCUGGGCCCAGUUGUUCAAAAGUUGAUUAGCCUAAUCACUUAAUUAGUGAAAAUUUCAUUUCUCCUUUAUUUCAAAACCAGUGUUCAUAUUUCUUGAAAUAGGCAGGUUGGAAAGGACCUAAGAGUGUUAUAUUCUCCAAAAAUUUUGUCAAGUUGGUUUUACCAGAAAUGAUUUUAACAGGACUUUUCAAGUCGUUGUUUAACCCUGAAUAGUGUAGUCACCUUUAGAACAACUGACCCUUAUUGUUGUACCCCUUUGAUUCUUCUUUAGUGAGGAGUGGGAUAUAGACUGAUCACUUGUCUGUCACUCCAUUUGUGCAUCCGUGUGUCUGUACUUAGUCUAUGUACAAGAUAUUUCAUGAACAUCUCGAAAGAUUUCAUAUUAACAACAUAUUAAAUAUCACAACAUCAACUUCUACACCGGAUUCAAUUUUAGUGGCCAUUGGUCAAGGUUUAAGGUCAAAGGUUACACCUGACCACUUUCAAAAUAGGAAGCUUGUGAAUAAGAUAUCUCAUGGCUCUAGACAGAUAUAUUUCAUGGAUGAGGGCACAGGGAUACAAUGAUUUAAACUCUCACUUUAAUUAGUUUUAUUCAUUGUAGUCUUUCUGAUUUGAAGUUUGGUAAUUUGGAAUACUCCUAUAUAAUACACUGUCGUUGCUUAUGUCAAAAAUAUGAAUGCUUUGUGCCGUGUUAUCAAUUUUCUUGCAUCACUGUAGUAUCCAUAUCAGAACUUUUGUACCAAAUAAUUGUUGUAUGUACCACAUCUUUUUAUACAUUAUUGUAUGUAUCUAAUCAAAUGAAAAUGUUAAAAUACAGUAAACAUGCAUAUUUUAGCAUUAAUCUUUUGCACUUUUCACUCUAGAAGCAUUGCACUAAAUCAUUAUUGUGCUAAUUACACAUUCUAUAUACUAUUUCUUUAGAAAAUAUACCAAUUUUUUCAAAUCUGUUAUGAUUUGGUAAUUAUAAUGUGCUAAAAUUUGUACAUUUACAGUACCUAAAAAACAGAAUAAUAAUCAAAAAUGAUAAAAGAUAUAUAAAUCACCUUUAGACAAAUAUUAAGAAACUUAAAGUUGACCCUGAGUGACAAGAUUGGAGUUUUACUACCCUAUAUAGAUUACUAAGUGUUUGAUGCGGUAUAUGAUUUGUAUAUUUUAUUGUUUCCUGUGAAUCAUGUGAUAUAUCUUUAUUUCUAUUAUCUUAUUAUAUCAAUUUGUUUUACAAUGCUUCUGUGUAAUUAAUAUAAUCAACAGUAAAUCUUUUUAAAACUUAUUUUUGAAAAAUUGAUACUAAUGGAAAACUAGGUGUCUUUUCCUCGAUGGUAUGUACGAGAUGUUGAUCUCAACUUUUCUCUGUUACUAUAGUAUGUACAAGAAACGAGUUGUGAUCUUAUUGUUUUCUUACCCAUUGUAUUAUGUAUAUGUUGCUUGUUUCACUCUCGUUAAAAUGUACAUUUAACCAGACAUAACUUUAUCCAAUAUCUGUCCUGUCGGUCGGAUUAUAGUACAUCUGAAUGUACAUCACCUCAAUGAACUGAAUGAUGUCUACUGUUAUAAGUAGAUAAUGUUUUUAUCAUUUCCAUUGAAUAACUGUGUAACAGUUACUUAUUUUACAGAUUUUACCUCACAACUGAAAAUGAAUAGUUUUAGUAAAAUUACUGAUUCACAACAUUUUGACGUGGACUUCUCAUUGGGAUAUGUACACUGAUAAAUAUGUCUAGGUGUCAUUUCUGACAAUUCAGCUGUCCUGUAAGUAAAGCUCUUACUGUGUUAUAUGAACACAAAUAUUGUGAUCGUUAAAUUUUGAGACUGAUUGAAAAAAUAAUAUGGCCAGCAGGUGGCCAUCUUGGAUUUUGAGACUGAUUGAAAAAAUAAUAUGGCCAGCAGGUGGCCAUCUUGGAUUUUGACAGAUGAAGUUUGUUAUCUUCUUGAUGUUUGUCUUUGUGUGACACCGUGUUGCUAAUUGCCCUUUCACUGUAUUAUGCAUGAGACAGUGUGUUGAUGAGCUAGAAGCCACUGUAAUAUAUAGAUCGUCUAUCAAUGUAAUGACCCUUAUGAUGAACAGAUAACUGUCAUAAUGUAUGGAUUGAAAUCACCCGAGAUCAGAUUUCGGUUAUUUAUGAAAAAAAUGUAUGUUUGUCAUCAUAAGAAUCAGAAUUGAAAAGUAUUCAUUGUAGAACAAUGGCAAGGUAUACAAAUAAAAUCAUAAGAAACAAUCCAGUGUUUAUUUUCCAAAAUAAAGCAAGCACAGAUUAUAUUAGUUUUUGUUCUUGACAUACUUGUAAUUGAGUCUUAUCCAUUAAACACUAGUCCUAAAGUCAGUUUUUCUAAACAAAUAGAUUUUUGUGCAUCAUCGAUUGCAGUAAACUUACUCUUUUCGUAAACUGAACUUAAACAGACAAGUAUUGAGUCUUGCCCAAGGACAACCAUGACAGGGCCGGUAUGUUAUGUCGUGGUUGUGUCCUUCGGUAAGACACUUUACCCUGAUUACUCUAGAUGGUAUACUACUGGCCUUCAGUAUAUUGUUCAAUGUGAUACAGGUAGUCACCAACUACUACAAGGAGACCAUGCCUCAAAAUGACCCUAGCUGUUCACUAGGUGAUAUACCCAGCAAAUAAACAAACAAAAAGCAUUAUGAUAUAUGGAACGCCGAAUUAUCAUAUAUUCAAUUAAUUGAACCUACCUUCAGGGAGAUACAAAAGCCAGCUGGAUAUGGAAGAAGUAUCGGAAGAACAAGGGGAGCGGUCCCUUUUCCCUAUUUGUUUGUAACUGAAGAUCGGUUCAAUUUAAUUAGAGAUAGGUUCAAUUCAAUUAGAGAUAGGUUCCAUUCAAUUAGAGAUAGGUCAAAUCAAUUGAAGAAAGGUUCAAUUAGUCUUAUUUAAACCUAUCUUAAAUAGAAUUGUACCUACCCGGUAUCUUCAAUUGAAUUGUACCUAUCUCUAAUUGAAUUGAACCUAUCUCUAAUUGAAUUAAACCUAUCUUUAAUUGAUUUGAACCUAUCUUCAAUUAUUUGAAGAUAGGUUCAAUUAAUUGAAUACAUGUAUAUGUUAAUUGGGCGUUCCAUAAUGAUGGAAUUUGUAAAUUCACAAUGCAUGUAUUUUGAAUAGAAAAUGAUUUUCACAAAGUAUGAUUUAAGAUUAGCACAAUCGUAAAGUGGAAUGUUUUGAAAUCGAAAAAUGAUACGCUUAACAACACAUUAUUACAGUAAAUGAUUCACAUUGUAGAUAUGCAUGCUACACAUAAUUAUGUAUUUACUUUUCAACCCAAGAACCUACAGCCAAUCCCAUAGUCAACUGAGAGGGUGUGAAUGAAAGUAUGAGAUGAAUUGGAUAUAAUCCAGAAUUGACUAUGAAGGGAUUGACUAUCAAAUAGCAUUUGAGGGGAGAACCUAUUCAAGUCUGAUGUCAUUGCCAGAAAGUCUUAUGCAAUAAAUGCUGUCACAAACAGUAAUACAGAUAUUACACGAAUGCC